UCAAACCAUAGUGAUAAGGAAAUUUUCUGACAAUAGAGUUUUGGACACAGUACAAAUUAAAGGAAAAAUUUUCCAAGAAGACUUUGGGAAAAGUUUUUGCUCUAUCAAGAUCAUAUCGAAACCUGUAGCUUUGCGAUUCAGCUAGGUUUGAAAUGGCCCUAAGAACACUUCAACGUAGACAAGAUGCCCAUCCAAUAGAUGAUGAAGAAGAUUUACCUUAUCAUGCAGCUGUGAACAGGGAAGAGGGUCUAAGGAAAAGCUUAGUAGAAACGUUGCAGCAGCGGCGAUAUACUAUUUCAGUAUUAUCGGAAUUGAUAUUAAAGAUAACUACUGUCGCUAAAGACACCAAUAUCGCCAAACUAGUUGGGAACUCGGGGUCUUUAGUUGGAACAGGUGCACUAGUUGCAGGGUUAUUUCUUGCUCCUUUGACUUCAGGUAUGUCAUUGGUAUGGUGUGCACUACCCGGAGGCACACUAUCUUUUCUUGGGUCAGUGACUGCUUGUGGGGCAUCGAUUGCUAAUAUGUUGAAAGAAAGUGACCUGCUGAAACUUGCAGAAUGUGCUUUGAAAAAAGACAAGAUCGCGAUGGAUAAACAUCAAAAAGCAAUCGAAGACUUUAUGACAGAGAAUGGAUCUGCAGAACAAAUAAAACAAUGGGCUACUAAUAUGAAAAAAGGUAUACAUGUCCCUGUAAUCUUAAAUGCUUGCAAAGGAUUUUUGGGACCCAGUAAAGCAGUUGUUACGAAUACAACCGCUGUUUCUGAAGUGGUUGAAAGUGCAAACAUAGUCACACAGAUUACUGAAGCAACAGAACUUUUUACAGAAAGUGCAACCGUCGUUGAUGUUUCAACGGAAGUAGUACGCGCAAGAAAGGGAAUUGAAACGGGAAUACAAGUAGCGACCGGAAAAACAAGCUUCAGGGCAUUAGUUGGUACUGAAAAAGUUUUAGCUGUCAGCAAAUCCACUUUGAAGAUAACUUUACCUUUUGCCAUCGCAACAAUGGGUUUAGAUAUUUACAACAUUAUCCAAACAUCAGUAGACAUGAACAGUGGAAAUACAAGUCUCGCCUGUGGAAAACUGAAACAAAUGUGUGACACGUUGGAAUUGGAACUUAAGAUAAUGGAAGAAGAGUUAACACAAUUUCAAUAAUCAAACCAAUAAGUAAAUUCCAAUUUACUGACACUUCUCGAUUUUUCCGAUGUACUUAACUUUCAAAUAUAUUUACGGUCUCCGAAUAUUUAGAAUCGUUCCGGAUCAGUGAAAGCUUUUGCAAUUUGACUACAGUUUUCAUGACUAAUGGACUCAUUUUUAAAUUAAUUUGAAUGCAUAAUGUAAUGUCGGACGCUACCCAACUUAAGAUAUUAACUUUUUGUUCAUUCUCAUAAACCAGUAUAAAUCAAGUUUUUAAGGCUCAGAGAAAAUAAAAGAAAAAAAACCUCAUCAUAUAUAUAUAUAUAUAUAUAUAUAUAUAUAUAAGUUUGAAAAUUACACCCAACAGUGUAAGAAUUAGACUUUUAUGCUGACAAAUUUUUGUCCCUCAACGGGAUUCGAACUCACACCUUUGAUACACUACAGCACCAAUCGCUUAGCCUCAUGUCCAGCGCUCUAGACCACACGACCACAUCCGCUAUAUUAAAAUAUAACUUCAAUAGUCGUAGUGUUACCUUGUCACGUUAGGCGAAUCUAGAGAUAGACAUAAGACAUGUGUUUUAAGCGUGUGAAGAUGUUAUAUUAUUAUUUAAUACACAAUGUAUUUGUUAUUUGUCAGCAAUCUAACUCAACAAUUUUUAUAUACCGUGUGGGAUAAUGAUUCAAUUCAUUAUACAGUCACUAGAAAUAGGUAUAUCAUACAAACAAGUCUAAGCAAGUGACAAUCAUACAAUAUAUAUGCCCACUGAAUCUCAGUGUGUUUGAGAUGCGGGGUUAAUACAAAUAUUUAUAUAAGUCUGAAAAUUACACCCAACAGUGUUAGAAUUAGACUUUUAUGCUGACAAAUUUUUGUCCCUCAAAGGGAUUCAAACUCACAUCUUUGAUACACUACAGCACCAAUCGCUUAGCCUCAUGUCCAGAGCUCUAGACCACACGACCACAUCCGCUAUAUUAAAAUAUAACUUCAAUAGUCGUAGUGUUACCUUGUCACGUAAGGCGAAUCUAGAGAUAGACAUAAGACAUGUGUUUUAAGCGUGUGAAGAUGUUAUAUCAUUAUUUAAUACACAAUGUAUUUGUUAUUUGUCAGCAAUCUAACUCAACAAUUUUUAUAUACCGUAUGGGAUAAUGAUUCAAUUCAUUAUACAGUUACUAGAAAUAGGUAUAUCAUACAAAAAAGUCUAAGCAAGUGACAACCAUACAAUAUAUAUGCCCACUGGAUCGCAGUGUGUUUGAGACGCGGGGUUAAUACAAAUAUUUAUAUAAGUCUGAAAAUUACACCCAACAGUGUUAGAAUUAGACUUUUAUGCUGACAAAUUUUUAUCCCUCAACGGGAUUCGAACUCACACCUUUGAUACACUACAGCACCAAUCGCUUAGCCUCAUGUCCAGCGCUCUAGACCACACGACCACAUCCGCUAUAUUAAAAUAUAACUUCAAUAGUCGUCUACAUUAGACCUACCAGUGGAACUCGAAAAAAAAAACAGUUGAAGGGCCAAACAAAUACGAGGUUGAAAUGCAUCACAAACCAAAAAAUCCCGAAAAGUUGUGCAUAGUUCAUCUAGACAUUUUAUAUCUUGAAACAGAAACACCUUGGUGUGCAGAAUCAACAUUUUGAAAGUAAAUUUACAUCAAAUGAAUUUAUGAGCAAUCAUUAAUGUAAACACAAAGUGCCGAAUACUUGGCUUGUAAUACCCUCUGUGACAAAACAAGAAAAAAAAAGACAUCAGAUACGGUUUUGCCCUUUUAUAAAAGGAUAUUAUAUUUCCUUAAUUUAUAUAAAGCACGUGAAAGAUUUUGUUUAUAAUCGACACUAUCCACAAUUUUCUGUUUUCUUGUUUGAAUUAUUUCAUAUUUUUCAUGUCAAACCUUUUAACGCCGACAUUACGGUAUAUGUUUUUCUCACUGUUGAAUGUCGCAAUGUUGCCUAUAAAUUCACUUCGUUUGAAUCAUGGUGGAUAGUUGUCUCAAUGGCAGUCUUAGGAUGUUUAUUUUUUUAUUCAUGAGAAUUUUAUUUUCGUUAAAUGAUAGAAAAAUACGCAGCUCGUAGAAAUACUUCGUUAUCAUUUGUCAUCUUCAAAUUCAUGUUUCGUUCUUAAAUUAAGCCAAUCGUGUUUUAUGAAUAAUUAUUUAAAAAUCUUCAUGGGGAUUUGUCUUUUCUGUGAUGAAUGUCAAUCAUAUAGUAUAAGCAAUGACCCUUUAUAAACUAUAUGAACGUUUUUUUUGUAUGAGAUAUCUUUAUGAUUUAAAACUCAUUUUCAACUGAUUAGUUUAUCAAAUUAAUGCAGUGUCUUAUGAUUUCAACACAUUGAAGCGCACACUAAAAGCAGAAUAACAAAACAUACGAUAAGGAAAAAAACCCUAUACCUUUUCCCACAGAGAAAUUCAAUCAAAUCAUUACAAAUGUACUUCAUAAAUGUAUCAGUCCGAAAUGUAAAUUAAACUCGAAUAGCACUUUUGAUACAAUGUAAGACUGUUAUUAUCUUGAAACUACUGUUUUCAACCAUUACAUGAUAUAGGGUUAAAUUGUCCUGAGUUUAAAUAGCUACAAAAUGCAAAAGUCCGAUGCCCUUUGUAACUUAAAUUACAUUUUUUUAAAACUCAAAUUACGAAAUAUCAACGAAGAAAUAAAAAAAGAUUACGUUUUAGUGCAUAGAUGUAACGAUUAACAAUGUUUAUCAAAAUAUGAGUAAACGAUAUAAAAUAGACCUUAAUGUAUGAAUCAUAAAUGUUGGGAGGUGCAUAGUUGUCAGAAGAAUGAAGUACAUGCAUUUGGAAAGAGAUUAGAAUUCAACAAAAUUUGAGUUUUUGAAACUUUUCCCCAACAUAUUUGAAGAAAGAUAUGAAACAAUGAGAGUCAAGUGUAGUACUCUUAUUGCAGAUUUUUCACAGGGAGGAUUACAUAUGGUGCAUUUGCAGUCUUUCUGUACAUAUCUUAAAUUAUCUUGGGUAAAGAGAUUUAUAUCAAAUUCAGAUGGUACUUGGCAGAAUUUAUUACUAGCAGAACUAAAACAGAUAGGUGGUGACAGAGUCUUUACAUUACAAAAAGAUAAGAUUAAAGAAAUUUCUAAUUGCUUAAAAAAUCUAUUAUGGAAAGACAUAUUUGUUUGUCUACACAUUGCAAAGCUUUAUACAAAAGUUGUGUUCCAGAAAUUUUACCAUUGGCUAUUUUAAACUUUAUACCAGUAUCUGAAUACCCUGUUUAUUUGAAAUGGAAGUUAUAUGGUAUACAAUUUAUAAAGGACAUUGUAGAUAGUCAAAGUAAAUCAUUGUUAACAUUUCAGCAAGUAAGAAAAAAAUUUAUUUUGGAAUUUUUUUGAAAUACUUAUAGAUUAUCGUUGGUUGUCUCAACGAGAUUGAUAAUUUACUCGCUUGAGCCGGAGAAAAGCAUUCGAGUUGAGAUGACCAAUGAUAAUCUGUUUAUCGCUAUUUUACCUAUGAAGACGUUGUUAAUUUCAUUGACACGUGCUCUCUUAGUUUCUAGCGAUAAUGUUCGUAACACUUGACUCCGCUGAGAAAGGAAAUUAUCAGUCAGUAAGAUCAAAGGAAAAUUUCGUAAAAUAGCGAGAAUAUAGUUUAUAAUCUUACAUUCGAAAAUAUAUAAAAAAAAAACAUCAAAGAUUAUAAUAAUUGUGAUUUGAACUUCAAAGAUUUUGUUCCUUUUGAUUCAUUUUCUGAAAAGAUCUUGGAAAAUAAGAACUUGAAAUUUGUAUACAGAGAUCUUGUAGAUAAAAUAUGCAUACUCCCAUAUGAGAAAUUUUUCAAAUUGGAGAAAGUAACAAAUUCUGAAAUCUCAGAAUGGUCUUAGUAUUUUUCUCUUUUGAAAAGAUGUUCUAGGGAUACAUAUUUAAAGAAUUUUCAAUGUAAAGUAUUCCAUAGAAUUAUACCUACCAAUAAUUUUUAUAUAGAAUCAAGAAAAAGGAAACAAGUCUAUGUACCUUCUGUAAUGAGGAGGAGGAAAUAAUAUAACAUUUAUUUUAUGAUUGUAAUGUUACCUACAAUUUUUAGUUGUCAUUUUUACAGAAAAUCAAAUUAUUUGAUGAGCAAUUCAGCAUCAGUAAGAAAGAAAUUUUGUUGGGAUUUAUUACUUAGAGUUUGUUUAUAAAUUUGUUCAUUUUUAUAGCUUAAAACUACAUCUUCAGAUGUAAGUUAAGAAAUAUAGCUCCUAUUGUAAUAGGCUUUAAACCCAGAAUAAAACAAUACCAAUCUAA